AUGAAACAAUCUAAUAAUCAUCUAUACUAACCAUAACAAUCUUUAUAUGUAUCAAUCAAAUUAAAUCAUAUAGUUACCAAGAACAUAAAAAGAUAAAAUAAAACAUUAACCAAAACUUUAAUUACUCAAAUCAUUAUUAAAAGAUUAGAGUAUAAGUUAACUAACAUAGAAAUCUCAAAUUUCAAAUAGUAAACUACACAGAAGAAUCCAAAAAAUUUAAGUGGAACCUGAACUUAAAGUAGAUGAAUUGAAAGAACAUAAAUGGUAAAUACUUUCAUAAAAUUGUUAAUACUUAUUAGAACUAAGUAGAUAGAUUCUUGACAAACCUAAUUAGUAUCAAAAUAUCAUUUAUUAAUAGUGAAUUAUUGUAUAGAUCUACUUCCAACCCAAGACUAAAUUCUAUACUUCUAGAACAUGAUUAAGUACUCAAAUCCAAUAUUAAUUCUAAUUAAAAAAAGAACAUCAAUAAUUAAUAAAUCAAUCCUUUAUAAACUAAAUUUGCAUUAAUUUAGAACUCUAAAAAAAGAUCUUCAAAUAAAUCCUUUAUUUAUAACAAUAAUGUAAAUGUUAUUGUAGCUGAUAAACCAUUUCUCAAAAAACAUUAAAGUUUGCAUGUCUCACCAACUCAUUAAUCCAUUAAUAUGUCUCAACCUUCGUAAACAUCAACCUAAUUCUUUUUUGCAAAGCUCAAUCAAGUCUCAUCUAAUGCAUUUAAUCUAUAAAGAAGAUUAAAAAAAGAAUAAUUUGAUGAGAUAAAACAGACAAAUGAAAAAGUUAUAUGUAUAAGAUCAGACUUUGAUAAAUUCUCCAAAAUGUUAAAUGAACCUGAAUAAAAUUGA